AUCGGAAUUCGCAAAACAAUUGCUCACGUAAACAAAGUCUGCGUCGAUGUGCUUGCUCAGUUACUGUUAGGCUACAUAGUGAGUUAGUCAGUUAGUGUGUCUCGGAUCUCCGUCAUUAAGAUUACGAAGACCGAAUGUUUGUCCAUGUGGCCCUGUAUGAGUUAGGCACCCUCUUCACUUGCUUUCUUGGAGACUUUCUUCCUUCCAAAGUAAACGGUGUCCAUGGUAACCUGCUGAGAGCUUUGAUUGACAGUUUGACUCAUGGGGGUGUGGCUUUUUUCUGCUGGGCGGUCCUUAUCCAGGCGAAGAAUUAUAGAGAUAUUGGAGAAUGUGUGCUCUGCGGAGUCCUCGCCAUGGCGAUAGAUAGUGAUCAUUUCAUCGCAGCGGGGUCAUUGUCACUAGAGGCAGCAUUGUCAUUGGGGUCACGACCUUUCCUGCAUUCUUCGACCUUGACCCUCUUGAUAGCCCUCACAAUACUCAUAACCGCAUACACUCUAAAGAAGGGAUGGAUCAAGGUUCUCUCUGUGAUGUGUUUCAUUGCCUGGACAUCUCACCACAUCAGGGACCGAUCUAGGCGUGGCCUCUGGUUUCCACCCUUUGGAUCCACCCCUGUGAUUCCCUACAAUUUGUACAUAAUUUUGACAUUAUUAUUGCCACUGUUUGUCUCAGCGAGUCUUCGGAUAUUCAGUGUUGAUUUCCUUGGCUCAGAAUUACAAAGACAAUUGUUCAGAGAAGCAAAAGUUGACAAUCUGCUUCCGUUAUGACACAUGUCAGUGUUAUAUUAUGUACUUUUUAUGCCCCCGAGAUCGAAGGUCAGGGAGCAUUUUGUUUUUGUCAUGUCUGUCAUUCUGUAAUUUUGUCUGAAACUUUAACCUUGCUAAUAACUUUUGAACAGUGAGUGCUAGAGCUUUUUAUAUUUCACAUGCAUAUUCCUUGUGACAAGACCUUUCCCUGGGUACCAAAAUUGUUGACCUUGGAGUUGACCUACUUUUUAAAAAUUUGACAUUCGUGAUUACACUGUACUUCUAAAUGAUAAAUAUUAGAGCUUUCAUAUUGUACAUGAGCAUUUCUUGUGAUAAGGUCUUUCUACUGGUACUAAGAUAUUUGUCCUUGUGACCUUGGCCAUCUUUGGAAUUGCCCAUUAUCAGGGGCAUUUGUGUUUCACAAAUACAUCUUGUUCACUAUGUGGACUAUCUAUUUUCACUUUUUUUAGUUUCGAGUUACAGUGUAUGUACAGUGUGUAAUAUUAUACAACACAUUAUUUUAUUUACAAGAAUAGUAUUUAUGCAUAUUUUCCUCCCAAGUUUGACACUGUACAAUCGGGUUAUUCAUGCAAAGCGAAGAUAACGAACAGUGAUCAAUCUCAUAACUCCUACAAGCAAUACAAAAUAGAUAGUUGGGCAAACACGGACCCCUGGACACACCAGAGGUGGGAUCAGGUGCCUAGGAGGAGUAAGCAUCCCCUGUUGACCGGUCACACCACCCGUGAGCCCCAUAAAUCAUGUCAACUCUAUCAGUCAUAAAUGCAUGUACGUGUAUGUAUCAUUUGUUUAGAUUGUCUGUUGUGGAUUCCUGAUUGAAAAGAAAAGAUGACAUUGUU